UUACACCCACUGGUGGAAGUACUUACAUGUAUAGUACCUUACCACCAACCAGUACAGUGGCAGAUCCUGGAGACUGCUGCAGACAUUCGACUUUGGAUUAACCAGUAGUGUUAUCAGUAGUCCUGAAUCAUAAUCGGGACCAAAAACUGUGGGAAUUCAUCCUUUAGUUAUUGUGUUCAGGUUUGGAUUAAACGUUUUUCUGAUGGAGAUCAUUUAACAAAAGUUUGGAUAUCUAGCCUUGUAUAGGGCCUGAUUCAGGUUGCCAAUACAACAGAUCAUGGACUUUCCAAUUCUUGAAAUUGAAGAAGUUGAAGAUCCAGAGGACAGUAGUGAACAUUCAAUGAUGGAGCUGGCACACAGCCUUCUCCUCAACGAGGAGGCAUUAAAGAAAAUUCCGGAGAACAAACGACCAGUGUUUGUCUUUGAAUGGCUCCGUUUUCUGGAUAAAGUUCUUAUAGCUGCACAAAAAUCUGACAUUAAAGAGAAACAGAAAAAAUUAGUGGAACAGUUGACCAAUCAGAUCAGUGAAUCUCCUGGGCCGCCAAGUCGGAAACUACUGGCACGGAACCUUGCUGUACUGUUCAGUGUGGGCGAUACCUUCGAACUUUUUAACACCAUAAACAAAUGUAACGACAUCAUCAAAAAUAAAGAUGAUUCGCCGAGCUACCUUCCAACACGUCUUGCUGCCAUUGCAUGUUUAGGAGCCAUGUAUGAGAAGUUGGGACGGAUGACGGGCAGAUCUUAUGAAGAAACCGUACAGAUACUGAUCAAGUCCCUCAAGAAUGCUGAGUCCCAGGGUAGAAGUGAAAUCAUGAUGACAUUGGAAAAAGUUGUGGGUGGUGUUGGAUCGGCAGGAAGUGGAACCUUCAAGGAUGUAUACAAAGCCACAAAACAAUGCAUGACUGACCGGGCUAUGUCUGUGAGAUUUGCUGCAGCCAAGUGUAUGUACCAGCUUGUGAAUGAGGCUCCUUUCAUGUGUACAACGGAACUGGAAACUGUGACAGCUCUCAGCUUCAGGUCCCUGGAUGGCUCAAACUAUGAUGUCCGCUGUGCAAUUGCAAAACUUCUUGGCAAUCUCCUGGCAACUGCUUUGUCACCCAAGACAGUUUAUGGAAAGAACAAGCAGCCAAAACUUGAGGAAGUACUGAAUCUUCUAGCAUCAGGCUUCAUCAAGGGAGGUUUUGGCUUUUUGAAGAGUUCCACAGCAGGGGAAAUGAUUAAAGGCAGUGGAGCCAUUAAUAGAGAGAUUCGUGUUGGUGUCACCCAUGCAUAUAUUGAGUUUGUUAAGUGUAUGGGAGGAUUGUGGCUGGAGAGAAAUAUUUCAAUGUUUCUCAAUCAUGUCCUUGACCUUGUGGCCAGUCCAAAGUCGACACCCACACAUGUUGAUGCAGUAUACGCACGGAAAUGCGUCCUCUUUAUCAUCAGAUCUUCUAUCGGAGGUCUGCUGGGUGAAAAGGCCCAAAUAGCUGCUGCAAAGGAGAUUUGCCAGAUCAUUGUCAAACAGAUGAAUGCUGCAGGUGAAGCAGUGACUGACUCUGUUGAUGGUAAAUCCCAGAACUGGGAUGUGAUGGGAAGUCAGCAUGUUCUUGUGUGUGCUUUACACGAGCUAGGCAGCCUAGUACUGAGAUUAGGUACCUCAGCCAGUCCCCUGGUGUCAGAACCUGCCACCGGUAUAAUUGAGCCAGUUGUGUCGGUGUUGAUCCAUCCUUGCCACGCAGCCCGACUGGCCGCCUCCUGGUGUCUGGGUAGUAUCUCAGUGGCUUUACCCUCACAGCUUACACCACUCCUAGAUCGUUGUGUAGAGCGCAUGGAGAAGCUGAAGUCCUCUCCAGAGGCUGUGUCUGGUUACAGCAGUGCUCUGGCCGCUCUACUGGGCAGGGUGUACCAGUGUCCAUUGGGUAUCCCUCACGGCAAAGGCAAGCACUUGUUCAGCAUAGCUGAGGAGUUACUGCGGACAGCGUCACAGAACAGUCGUCUUUCAUUACAGCGAACACAGUCUGGGUGGCUGCUGCUGGGCUCACUAAUGACACUAGGCCCCCCUGUUGUGAGGAACCACCUGCCACGUAUGCUGUUGUUAUGGAGGAAUGCAUUCCCCAGGUCCACCAAGGAACUAGAGGCAGAAAAAAUCCGAGGAGAUUCCUUUACAUGGCAGGUCACACUUGAGGCUCGUGCAGGUGCCCUUGGGGCCAUGUAUAGCUUCCUGCAGCACUGUCGUGAACUUGUCACAGAGGAUGUAAUUCGACGAUUGUUGGCGCCACUGGAAUGUGCUCUUCUGAUGUUUUCACACUUACCAGGUGUGAUCAAACACUAUGGCACCCAGCUGAAAGCCUGUGCUGCCAUGGUUCGACUGCGGCUCUAUGAUGUCCUUUGUCUAUUGCCUCCAGAGUCGUUUGAAGGCACAUACACUAUGUUACUGAGGGAACUAGUGGCCGAGUUCACACUAACAGACAAUCCUGCCAACACCACUACUUCACUGCUGCGGUCAAUGUGUCAUGUGGACGAUAGCGUUAUUCUGGGCUCAUGGCUACAGGAGACUGACCACAAGGCUAUAGAGGACCAGUUUGAACCCAAUCGUAAAGUGGAUAAAGACAUAUUGCAGCCUAACAGUGCGUCAGGUUCUGGAGCCCUAGAGCAUGAUUCACAGUCACUAUACGCACGUUAUCCCCCUAGUGAACCAAUUCCAGGUCCCCUUCCUCUGGGUGUGGCUGUGAUUGACAGCUCUGUAAAGCUGUAUGGUCUAGUUUUUCCUCGGGUGGCUAACAAACACAGAUACCAAAUGCUGCAGCACUUCAAUGAGUGUAUAAAGCAGGCUAAGGCAUCACGUCAACAGGCAGUACAGAUGAAUAUUUUCACUGCUGUACUCUGUGCUCUCAAGAGUCUUUCUGAUACAAAAUCCAGUAUGGGGCCUGAUGAGGUGAAAAAAGCUGCAUUUAAUCUUAUCAUGGGAGCCCUGAGCAGUACCAACCCCAUUUUAAGAUGUGCUGCUGGAGAGGCAUUAGGUCGCAUGGCACAAGUGGUGGGCGACAGUCGCUUUAUUGCAGACAUGGCCCAGUACAGCUUUAACAGUUUAAAAUCAGCACGAGAUGUGGUCAGCAGAACAGGUCAUUCCUUGGCCCUGGGUUGCCUCCACAGAUAUGUUGGGGGUAUGGGGUCUGGUCAGCACCUCAACACCAGUGUUAGCAUCCUGCUAGCUCUGGCUCAGGACUUCAACUCUCCUGUGGUACAGGUUUGGGCAUUACAUGCCUUGGCCCUGAUUGCUGACUCUGGGGGACCUAUGUUCCGUAGCUAUGUGGAGCCCACACUAUCUCUAGUGUUGCAGUUACUACUGUCGGUUCCACCAUCUACUGUGGAUGUCCAUCAGUGUCUUGGCAAGUGUCUCUCUGCCCUCAUCACAUCUAUAGGUCCAGAGCUACAGGGAAACAGUGGGUCAAUUGCCACAGCACGACUUUACUGUCUGGUGUGCUGUGCCAUUAUGCAGGACCAUCCUGACUCCCUGGUGCAGGCUGAAGCCAUUGCCUGUCUACAACAGCUUCACAUGUUUGCACCACGUCAUGUCAACCUCACCUCUCUUGUCCCUCAUCUCUGUGAAACACUCAAGAGUGCCCAUUUACUGUUACGAAGAGCUGCUGUUGCCUGUCUACGCCAGUUGGUCACACGAGAGGCAGAGGAAGUCAGCGAACAGGCUCUCAAAGUUGUCCAUGAGACGAAUAGUCUUUACUCAGCACCUGCCACAGCUGCUUCAGUCAAUGAAAAUGGUGUGGAGGGACAGCUAUAUGGCAUGCUUGACACAGAGAUCGACGGCAAGUUGAUCUCAGAUGUACAAGACACAUUGGUCAGUCUGCUUCAAUCCCUUGCCACUCGCAACCUCACACGCUGGCUCAUGUUACUGAAGGAGGUGUUGUCAGCCUCAACAGACACAACCAGUAGUUUACAAGAAGGAACCGUGGAUGGUGAUGAAGACAAGGAUGAGGAGUAUGAAGAUGAGGAUGCUGAGUUUGAAUUCAAGGCUACAGAAGCUGAUGUUACACAUCCAACAGUUGCUCCUAGAUGGCCCACACGAGUGUUUGCCACAGACUGCUUGAGAAAGAUCAUCAUAGCGUGUGAAGUAGAUGAAACUCACUACAACCUAGAGAAAGCAAGGGAACUGAAAGCAAAGACAAAUAAUGUGAACUUCUUAGUGCUACACCUGUCUGAGUUGGUGCGGAUGGCAUUCAUUGCUGCCACGUCUGACAGUAACCAGUUGAGGUUGGCAGGCUUGUCAGCACUACAGGAUGUGAUAACAAAGUUUGCAGCUGUACCAGAACCAGAGUUUCCUGGUCAUGUGAUAUUAGAGCAGUACCAAGCACAGGUAAGUGCUGCCCUGCGGCCAGCUUUCUCUCAGGACACGCCCUCAGAUGUUACAGCUGCUGCUUGUGAUGUGUGCAGUACAUGGAUAGGUAGUGGUGUUGCACGUGACCUUAACGACCUGCGGAGGGUUCACCAACUUUUAGUGUCUUCAUUGGCCAAAAUGAAUGCUGGGAAAUCACAGUCUAUGUUGUAUAAUGAGAGUGCUGUUACCAUGGAGAAGUUGGCAGUAUUACGAGCAUGGGCUGAGGUCUAUAUAGUUGCUGUGGAACGAGAGAAGACAAUUCAACCAAAGGCUAAGAAUGAGGAAGAUGAGUUUGGUGACAGUGCCAGAGAAAGUCUGUUGUCUCUGGUACAGCCAGAGUUACCCACACUCAGUCAGAACUGGUUCAAUGCUCUUAAGGACCAUGCCUAUCUAUCAUUGCCUCCAGAAUACUCUGGGCAGCUCCCAUCCGAUGGUGGUAUGUUUUACCAUCCUGAGACAGUGGACUCAGCUCGUCCUCACUACAAAAAGUCAUGGCCAUCCAUCCUUCAUGCUCUAGCAAUCUGGCUUGAUGAAUCAUCUUUCUUGCAAGUAGAAAAAGACCACAGCAAUGAAGCUGCCAAUGAGAAGAAGCCAGGAGGGCUUUCUCUAGCACCAGCCAAUGCUCCAGCUAACAUGAACCCAGAUCAGAUUAAUGCAGACAGAUUAUAUCUUAUUCUGGGUAUUUGUAUGGAAGCACUGUCCAGUAAUAUCAUCGUUAUGUCAGAACACAUGGUAAACAGUUGCUUGAAAGCCUUGUAUGCCCUUCUGAAUCCCAGCUGGCCCCGUAAGGCUAUGGGUGAGGACCCAGUGCUGUCACGCGAACUCCUUAAUGUCAUGCACAGAACAAUGUUGACAAAAGACAGCAUCAGCACACAGCUUCUGGCUAUUGAGGUGGUAAAGCAAGUACUAUGUGCAGCCAGAGAAAACCUCGACAACGAGAAGAUCAAAAUCAAAGAAAAGGAGAUUGAGACUCCAGUAAGCACUGCUAGCAGUACAGAUUCCAUGGACACAACAGACAGUACCCUACAGUUAGGGGAAGGAGGCGAGGCUGGGGAUAUUGUACCCGGCAAGUCUGUGGUAUACGCCACCCUUGAGGUGUGUCUGUGUGCCAUCUCUCGCCAAAUCCCUGCCCUCAACCCCUCCACCCCUAGUACAGGCUUCCAGGUUCCCACAAGGCUCACCAAGAUGUCGGACGAAUCCUGUCAGCUCAUUGCCAACACAGUCCUCAUCCUUACAGAACUACCAAACCUGUGUUCUCCUCAAGGGAGUGUAGCUAUCCUGCCAACAGUGUUACAUCUUGUAACAGGAGUGUUGCGAGAGCUGUCGGCAAAGUCGUCAGAACGUCGGUCACCUGUAGUGGUCAGUGCCUGUCUUAGCUCCCUCAAGGCUCUGUGUUCCUCACCACUGACAUCUGAUGAAGCAGUGUCAGACAGUUGGAUACAGCUGCUGCAGAGUGCUUUAGCUACUGUUCUUCACUAUGCAAAACCAUCUGAAGAGAAGCCCGGGAUGGAGGAUGUGACACUUCUAGGAGUUAUUACAGUUUUCAUUGCCUGUGCUCCCCACCAAGUAGCCAACAUACCUUCUCUCAAGAAUCAAUGUGUUCAAGUGUUCAAGGAUACCUGGGAUUCUGACAGUAAUGAGGUGAAACUGAAGUGUGUCCAGAUGUUUACGUCAGUGAUACAACACCUUGACCGUGACAGUGCCACGCCUUAUAUACGUAAUGUCGCUUCCAAGAUCCUGGAAUACCUGUGCAACAUCAGUGAGAACAAACACAACAUUGACUCAGAAAUUAACCUCAUCAAGGGUUCUAUACACAUGGCCGUGUCACUAGUGGCGAUUGCUGAAGAAUCCCGACGUUUGACUCUCCUAUCUUUGUUGAUGCCACUUCUUGUGUCAUUUUUAAUGGACGAAAAAACAGUUCACUCAAUGUCUAAAUCUGCAAGACUGCUACAUGACGAAGCUCUCCAACGAAUCACAACAAUCGGUCCAAGAUACCCAGAGCAAUUUAGGACAAUAAUGAGUAGUCAGGCCGAACUCAAGUUCAAACUAGAGGCAGCUGUGAAACUCAACCAGGCUAAUGUGAGAGCACAGCAGAAUUUAGAGAAAUCUGCAAAACUACCACAAAAUCAACCAGCAAGACCUACCAUAGCUUUGAAAACAAACUUCAGCAAUUUUACAGGAUAAAAAAAAAGAGGCAUUGAUUUUUCAAGGAGGCAAUUUAUAUAUAUUUAACUUAAUCUGUGAUAUAGUAAGAAAUGAUGGGUCUCCUGUGUCAGGCAUAGGGGCUAACUGUUACUGUUGAACUAUUGAUAUAUUUUAUAUAGCAGUGUAUAGCUCAUAUAUGUACAGAAUAUAGCGGGGCUUUACACUCAUAACUAGUUGUUGAUGUACAGUUUGUAUGGGAGGCUCAAGACUGUUAGUGUAUAGAACUCAUGUUUCCUUGUUAAGAUGAUCAAAACUGAAAUCUGUAUGAAUUUUGUAAAAUAGUGCAUUCACAUAUCAUCCUGAAUUCAUUGUACCUUGUGUUUUGUACCUACCAUUUGUAAUACAAAAGACAGAUUGAUAUGAAUAGUAUUUUUGAAAUUGAACUUUAAAUAGUUGUUGUAACUAUCCAUUCAAAUAUUUUAAAAAUUUUGCAUUAAUUGUACUUUUAUACUGCCAGGUCACCAUAUGAACACAUGUAGUGUAACUCCACUUUUUGAAAUGCAUGCAUACCCAUAUGUCUUGUGUAUUGAUCCAUCUAGAUAGUUAACAUACCAUGAGAUUAUUUAAGAAAUAGUUUCGGGAGGUAAAAUGUUUGGGAUGAAGGUCAAGUAUUAGCAUUUUACUUACUUCGCAAUGUUGACUUGCCUGGCAGAGAAAUGCUCUAGUAUCAGGGGAGGUAACUACUAACACCCACGUGGUCUUUCAUUUAUUUGUAAACAUGUUUGUGGCCACAGCGUGAUGGUAUCUGUAAAUCUUUGAUAUUUUGAAUCUACUUGCUUUGCUAUGUUUUAUAUUCCAUCACCUUUUUUGUAAAAUUUGUUCCUCAUUCAUAAUUAGAAGAGAAAAAUUUUGUUUUCAUUUGUUAACCAGCUUGUAAAAUAAUUAUUAUGUUAUUGAAAAUGGAGUUAAAUAGAACAGUUUAUGUAUAAGCACAAUCAUCUAUUUAUGGAAAAGGUUACACUGGUUCCUUUCACUUACUAUACAUUCAAAUAUUGAAAUCAUUCUGGAAUAUUAGAUUUGUUUUCUGCAAAUAUCCAUACAAAACCAUCAUAGGAUACGUUAUUUUACAGAAUUGUGAAAUAGAAAUUAAAUUUCAGAGGUUGUAUUCACGUCAGAGUUGUGACUUGUUUGGUCUUGGCCUGGUACAGGUCAGUGUUUCUCUUCGAUACCUGGUUCUGAUCAAUACACAUUUCCAAAAUAAAAUGAAGCAAAACCUUGGCUACCAUGGAAUGUAUUGUUUUAAUGCUGAAAGUGUUUCUCAUAUGGUAAAGCCUUUUAUACAAGAAAGAUCUAAGGGUUUAGUGGCAUUGUAUUUAUUCAUAUUCUGUAAAAACAGAAAAUAAAUGAAAGGUUGAUGUAUGGCUUUGUAGACGGGUUCAGUAGUAAAAUAAAAAAAAAGAGAGAAGUCGAAGUUCAGGGGAUUUGUUAAUAUUUUCAGGUUUUUUUUUCAUUCCAUUUCCACUAUGCAAAAGUCUAUUACAAAAUAUUAUAGAUUUACAGGAAACUAUACAAGAGUACAGAUGAAAAUGGAUACGGCUGUUCUAACAAUGGUGAAGUGAACUGUUCUGUACAAGUGUUGAAGACAUUGAUAGUUGUUGAGAUAAUGAGAUUGUGAGUGUGGUGCAACGAUGACGAUGAUUACUACUAUAUUAUUGAUGUUUUUAAUCUGGAGAGUGCUGUAUUCACCCAUUGUUUAUAUUCUGAAGCCAAAGUUAGCCCGUCUUGCACUAUUUUACAUACCAAUUAAAUAUUGUUUGUGAUUGCUCGGUGUUUUCCAUAUGAUGCCAUUUGCUCUGCAUUCCAUACAUGUCACUGUUGCUUGUUUGUCACUGUUGUUUGUACGGUACUUGAGAUCUGCUACAUAUAUAUAUAUAGAUUCAUUUCAGCCCCCUAUCCCCCAUUUCAUUUUAGAGUUUCUACCCGUCAGUAGUUAUUUAGUUAGGGCAUUGUGUAUCAUGUACUUUUUAACCACUUAAAGUGGGAAAACCUACUUAUUUUUUAUUGUAUAUAUUCAGUAUAAAAUUACCUAUUAUAGAGAGGCAUACAACAUAAUGUUUAUUUAUACCUAGAUUUGUUUAUUAAAUACACUUGGAACCAAUACUGAGUUUGUAGUAUUGGUCACUAGCAGGUAAUUAAAGUUGUGAUUAACUUUCAUUAACACAUAAGUGAUAAACUUUCAUUUGCAUACAAAUUUCAUUAUUCAAACCGAGGAAUUGUGCAAUGUUUUAACUAGUAAAGGAAAUGUAAUUUUGAAAUAUUUUUGAAAUAUUUAUAUGUAAAUGAUGUUGAUUAAAUUUGACUUAAUUUUGCAUUUCUUAAAGUCUUAAAGGGGAUUAACACUUUCCCAUCAACAGACUAGAAAAUCUUUACAGGGUAUCUAACUUCAGGAACUUAACAACACUUACAUACAACAUACUAAGAAUGGUUGUGUUCUGCUUUUGGAGAGAGAAGAUUAACAACUUCAGUUUGCUAAAUAAAAGCAAGAAUUGGCAAUGAAAUGCUUCUCAGCUAUAAACAUGUGUAUUAAUCCUGUUAUUUUCGAAUCCAUGCAACCUCUAAUCAAUUUGAAUGGAAAUUAGUGAGACUAAUUUGAAGACAGAUCAAUAAUGUAUAAGAUAGAUUAUUUUAUUUAAAAUAGUAGUAACCAUAUUCUUGAUAAUAGUAAACAGAAAAUCAUUGUGUAAAUCAAUCCUUAUUUAGAAACUGAUUGCUCAAAGCAAAUGAUACUUAAAUUGAUUUCGUUAUUUGUCAGUAGAGCUACAGAACUUUAUUACCCUAUAGAAUCUGUAAAAUGACCCUAUUCCUGUCUGCGAGAUGUUUUAGUCAGUAGGACCCCAGUUCUGUUUGUAAGAUGAUUGGUGCCGAGCUUCCAUUACAAUGCUAGUAGUUGUAAUGAUUUGCUGCUUCACUGUUACAGAUGAUCAAUAAAAUAGCGGAAAAUUUA